CUUUUAUUCUGAAAGGUGCAACCCGGAAGUUAUUAAAUGGCGAGCGAAGCAUGCUUCCUCUGAAGUUUGUGGUUGUGUCUCUUAGCUAAUGUCAAACACCUUCACGCUGUGCCACCAUGAACAGCUGUAGAAGAAUAGCCGGGACGGGUGACUGGACCUCCGGCCUGAACACCGUCUUCUUUCGGGUCAAACCACGGACAAACUGCCGCCAGGGCCCCGAGGCAGCACGACCCCACAGCCGGAGCCAGGCCACCGCCGCAGGAGGGAAACCUCGCCUGACAGCGAUGGACCUGGCCCGGAAGGUCCAGCAGGAGAAGGCGACGCCACAGCCUGCCGAGGCUCCGAUGUCCAAACAGCAGAGGAGGGUGAUGGAGCUGAAACGGUUCAGUCAGCAGCUUCAAAAUGUUCAUCCCAACGUGCUGGCCAAACAUCUCCACAAGAGCGUGCUCUACCAGGAUAAAGACGUAGUGGUCAUCAAUAAACCCUAUGGUGUCCCCGUCCAAGAUGACCCCAGGGUCACAUCCAUCUCCUCUGUGCUCCCUGUCCUUUCCAAAAUGAUGGACGGGAUGAAGGUCAGGUCUGACUCUCAGCUGCUCCCCUGUCUGGGACUGGAGAAGGAGACGACAGGAGUUCUCCUGCUGGCCAGGAGUGAGGAGGCAGUGGAGCACAUACUCAACCAGCACAGAAAUAACCAAGUGCAGAGAAAAUACUGGGUCAUCACAGUCGGAGUACCUGUGCCAUCUGAAGGAGUGAUUGACAUUCCCAUCAUAGAGAGAGAGGUCACAGGCCCUCGGCCGCACUACAAGAUGGCGUUAAGUCCUCUUUACAGAAUGAAUGAUGCUGGCGAUGGUGUAACCAAAGUCCGAGCUCAUCGUCAAGCUCAUCCCGCUGUGACCAAGUACAGAGUCCUGGACAGCAGCAGUGGCUGCAGCCUUGUGGAGCUUCAGCCUUUUACCGGAGUGAAGCAUCAGAUGAGGGUUCACAUGGCGUUUGCUCUGGCGUGUCCCAUUCUAGGCGACCAUAAAUACUCCCACUGGAGCAAACUGGCACCCCAGAAAUUACCGGAAAGUGUGUUGGGAAAGCUUGGACUGGAACAAAGCAAAAUCCGGUAUCUUCCUCUUCACUUGCACGCUCGACAGCUGACGCUGCCGGGACCCAGUCGACCAGACAUGGACGUGUUCUGUCCUCUGCCUAAAUACUUCACACAGACAUUAAAACGACUGUAUUUAAACCUUCCUGAAGACAAAGACGACAAAUAACGACAUCUUUGCUUUUUGUUCCAAUUCUUUGCGAUCCAGUGGGUGUCUGCAUGUAGUGGGCAUCGGUUGUGAAGGAUUUCAGACUGCUACGUGGGGAAAAAAGCGUAACCAUUUAAAUUAAAUGGAAAAUUUAAAUUAGAUAAAGUUGGGCAGGGUUGUAGGGCUGUAAAAUUAUCAAACACAGAAAAGACUGUAGAAAAUGACUGUACAGUGCUAUACAACUCAUUUUAGUAAUAAACAAGUGAACUGUAUUAUAA